AGAAUAAAAAAGCUAAUAAAAAAAAAAAAUAAGAGGCUGCUUUUCUCCUCUGGUUCGUGGCAGAAAAGCGCGGUCGAAUGCAAAGGGGGCGGACGCUCACUGCCAUUGGGAACUGAACAGAGCAGCCGCCUCCAACAGCCCAGAGCCUCAGCUGGGUGCGGCCCAGCCCUGCUCCCCAGGCGGCCCGGAGCCUCGCCCAGGCAGGCCUGGGAAGGAAGAUAAACCCUGGGCUAAACGGGAGGCAGCGGGAGCCGCUGCACGGCCCUCAGCCGUUUUGCAAACGCUUCUUCCGUGCCAAGCUCUGCUGAGAAAUGUAGGAGAUUACGCAACGCGCAUAGGUCAGAGGUCUCUUGUGGGGGUCAGCAGCUGGCCGCCUCAGGCUCAGAGCUGGACCGUUCCCUUGCUCUGUUCUGUAGCCCCUGCUCGAGCCUCCAGACCUUUAUUUUUCGGCUCCAGGUGAAAAGAGAAACCAGGAAAAUACUCCUUCUCAUAUAAAGCUAUGCCGGCCUGCUUGUUUGCAGCUGGUCAGCAGCUGGCGGCGUCCACAUCAAAUCCAGCCCGUUGCUACCUCGCGCUCGUUGGCCCACUGCUUUCUUUCGCCUGCAGGCCAAAGAGAGUGAGCUUGGGGUUCAGCUGGAGAGCCAAAUGGGACACGCAGGAAGGCUUUGGUGCUUGGGUCAUCCUUGUUGAUGGCUGUUACAGCGCACGUCAAAUAUUCCCACUCCAGUAAACAUGACAGCGCACUCGUGUCGUUCUCCAGUCCCUCGGAUGCAAAGCAGCCCGACAAGUUAAUCGUGGUCUGGACUCGGAGGAGCCGGCGGAUCUGCUCCAAGGCUCACAGCUGGCAGCCGGGCAUCAAGAAUCCUUAUCGGGGCGAGGUGGUAUGGAUGGUGCCAGAGAACGUGGAUAUCAUGGUCACGCUUUAUAGGGACCCCCACGUGGAGGAAUAUGAAGACAAAGAUUGGACCUUUGUGGUGGAAAAUGAGUCUAAGGGGCAACGGAAGGUGUUGGCCUCGGUGGACGUGAACCUCAAACGCUUCGCCAGCCAGACGCCCACCCAGGUGGAUUUGAAGCUGAAGCUAAAGCCGAAGUCGGUGAAAGUUGUGGCUGCCUCCCUCCAGCUCACGCUCUCGUGUGUCUUCUUGCACGAGGGAAAAGCCACGGAUGAAGACAUGCAAAGUUUGGCCAGCUUGAUGAGCUUCAAGCCCUCUGACGUUGCCAACCUGGAGGAUUUUCCGGACAGCGACGAGGAGGCGGACGAAGCCUUGAAACGUGGCUGGGUAGAGGACGUGGCGGGCCACGCAGCAUCUCCUCCAGACGCAUCGCGGGAUCUGAACACCUUGGCUGAAGAAGAGGAGGACCCGUCCGGCCAUCCUCCGUCGGCUUCCGAGGCGUGCCUCAAGGAAGCCAUGGCAGCGGUCUCCCAGCCACAUGUGGCGAGCCGUGGAAAAGUCCCCGGAGGUUCCCCGCGUCCCGCGGCGAAGGCUGCUCCUGAGGUUCUCUCGUCUGACGCGGAGUCCCUCGGCAGCCCCACGCUGGUGAAUUCCAGCCACUGCUUGCUCCAGUGGUGCCAGGAGGUGACGGCUGGCUAUCGUGGGGUCCGUGUGACCAACUUCACGACGUCUUGGCGCAAUGGUCUAGCUUUCUGUGCCAUUCUGCACCGCUUCCAUCCAGAAAAGAUCAAUUAUGAAGCUCUGGAUCCACUUGAUAUCAAGCAGAACAAUAAACUGGCCUUUGAUGGCUUUGCCACGCUGGGCAUCUCUCGGGUGAUGGACCCAGCCGAUAUGGUGUUCUUGACCGUGCCCGAUCGGCUGAUCGUCAUGACGUACCUCUGCCAGAUCCGGGCGUUUUUCACUGGGCAAGAGCUCAACGUGGUGCAGUUUGCCAGCCACAGCAGCGAGACCACGUACAAGGUGGGCAAGUUCGACACAGAUUCCUCCGGAUCCAUUGAUCCGGCCGUUUUUUACUCCCAACAUCUGCAAAAUAACGCUAGUCAGGCAGAGAAGCCAGGGAGGCUGGACGCCAAGGAGGAUUCUGGGAAAGCAACAGGGCCGGACGUUACGGCGGAGGAAAACGAGAAAGAACAGGGCUCUGCUGUCCUGGAGAAUUCUGGGAGGGCUGAGGAGGCAACCGAAGCAAAGGAUUCUGGGAAUGAAGCCAGUGCAGAGACGGCCCCCUGCAACGAGAGCGAGGCCCGGCCGGGGAUGGAGCAGGAGAACGGCUCGGGCGUGGCGGGCAGGGCUGUCGCCGAAGGACCAGAGGUCGAAAACGGGGUUGCCCCCGAAGAACGCAAAGCAGCGCUUCUUGGCCCUCUGGAUUAUAAAGCCGAGAGCACAAAUGCCAACGAGAGAGCGGUGGGCGAGAGCAGCCCGAAUGCACAGCAUCUUCUCGACACAAGCGCCAAAGCCGACGGGUUGAUCAACGGUGCUCCUCCAGCCUUGGAACAGGGGGUGGCCCCCGGGGAUUCUGGGAGCGAAAUCCCACGGCACGAUGGGAAGGGACUGGCCAACGGCUCCCCAGCGGCCCCCAGCCAGGGCCCGGAGGAUCCUGGGAGCCGUGGGGCAGAAGAAGCGAAGGGCGUGGGGAAGCCGUCGGCUGGCCAGGAGGAGAAGGUGGUUGCUCCUCCCCGGCUGAAACGGCUCGCCUCCCGUGGCAGCGUGGAGCGCCCCCUGCAGAGCACCCUCCCGACGGGCGGCCCGGCUCCCGUCGCGCCUCCCCGGUCCCACGCCACCAAGUCCGCCUUUGCUCACAUGCGCGACGCAGACCUGGUGAAGAAGCGGCGCUCGCGGCUGAAGAGCGGCUCCCUCUCGGUGGACGAGGCGGAGGGGGGCGGACAGUCGGAGGAGCCCAGCCAACCACAGGCUGCGGAUGAGGUUUGCAAUGAGGGGACAAAGGCCCAGCAAACAAAACCACCAGCCUCUCCAACCGUUCCUUCCCCGGAUCAACGUCUAGACUCCGGAUUCAAACCCAACAGCAAUGAAGAAGAAAUUCCAAAAUUUCAAGAUACCAGCCAGUAUGUGGUCGCUGAACUCCGGGCUUUGGAGAACGAACAGAAGCAAAUUGAUGGGCGGGCAGCCGUGGUGGAGAAGGACCUGCGGAGUCUGAUGGAAACAGGUGCAGACAAGUUGAAGGAGGAGGAACUGAUCCAAGAAUGGUUCACGCUGGUGAAUAAGAAGAACGCCCUGAUCCGGCGGCAGGACCAGCUACAGCUGUUGAUAGAAGAACAAGACCUGGAACGACGGUUUGAGCUUCUGAGUCGCGAGCUUCGUGCCAUGAUGGCUAUUGAAGACUGGCUCAAAACAGAAGCCCACCAGCAACGGGAGCAGCUCCUUCUGGAAGAACUGGUCUCGCUGGUGAAUCAACGGGAUGAAUUAGUCAGAGAUCUGGAUAUCAAAGAGCGGAUAGCUUUGGAGGAAGACGCCAGACUGGAGCGGGGCCUGCAGCAAAGACGCCACAAGUUGAGUCGACGGGAAAAGUGCCGCGUCAGCUGAGGAGCGUUCGUGCCUUUCUCUCCACCCCUGCAGUGUUGCAACGCCCCGCCUGUUUCCCGGACCGCCACCAGCCUGUUGCCCCGGCCUGCUGCGCUUGUCCGUUCACGCAAGGGAGAACUGCUGAGUGGACUUUCCCCCCCUUUUGUGGGGGCAUAAAUUAAGAUGCACUUCCUUUUUUCCCCAUGCCCUCCUGGAAGACAAACUUUCGAUGGGAAUUUAUAGGGCAGGGCUCCCCCCGAGCCCCGUUUCUCUCGGGGAGAAAUUUGCAAAGAUCUGUUUUAGAAACUAUUUAUUGGGUUGCGUGCGGGUGUGUGUGUGCGUGUGUGUGCAUGCCAGGCGGUUCUGGGUUCGAAAACGGGUUGUUUCUCCUCCGUUCUGAAGAAGCUUUGCAAGGGGCUUUUGUUUUCAACUUUAAAAAAAGAAAAAAAAACAACCCAAGCUUGAUGGUACCAAAGCCGCAUCGUGCCUUUAAUGCUCCUAGUGCCAAAUGGGGUGACGGGCAAGCUUUAUGCCCACCUCUUCCUGGAUUUGGGCUUCAUUCCUGCCUGGGUAUUUUGCACUAAAUUUGUAUCGGACCUUGGAAUAAAUGCUUCAAAAGUAGAACCAGCUGGUGAGGGAUGCAAAGGUAGGGGUGCAUUCAUUCACGGAAUGAGUUCAGUUUUAAUUGUAUUGGCUGCACUUUCUGCUGUCAUGAAAGGAACGGCUGGGGAAGAGGUCAGCAGCGGAAUAUCGAUGAAAAGUGUUCCUUAUGGGAGGGAAGUGAAAGGUUAGCCCAGUGCAGCAAAAUCUCUAGUCAAGAGCGGGGUGAGUUUUCCUCCAAGAACUGAGCUGGAAAAAAAUCAAUCUGGCCCAUUCUUGGUGGGAGGCAACCGUGAGCUUCGUUUAGAAGAGCAUUUCCUGACCUUGGCAAGGUCCAGAUGUGUGGACUUCAACUCCCAGAGUUCCGCAGCCAUGGAUGAGAAUUCUGGGAGUUGAAGUCCACAUCCUGGGAAAUUGCCAUGGUUGGGAACUACUGAUUUAGAAGCAGUUUCUGCUCUGGCAGCUGCUAAUUGCUGCCUCAUCAAAGUUUUGGCAAGGCGGGUUUUCAUUCUCAUGGAAGCAACAGAACAGCCGCAUUAAAGUGUCCUUUUCACCAUUUUAAAAGCCAGGAGGAUCGGUGGUAUCUUGUGCAUGAAACAGCAAUAUUUUGUUACUGGGGAAAAAACCCCACAAAUACAGUUGCAAUAAAAAUAAUAAAACGAGCACCAUCUUCUGUACUA